UUUCUAUUAAAGAUAUAACAAUCUAUACUCAUACAUAAUAAUCUUACAAAAGUUUCAUCAAUACCUCAAGUUUUUUAAAAUUCUCGCGUCUAACAUAUAUCAUCUACAAGCAGACAUGGUGGCAACAACAAUGUCUUUAUCAUUGACAGUGCUCUUCUUCUUCCUCCUCAUAUCAACAGUAUCCAUGGCCCAAAGAAAUGUAUGGUGUGUGGCGAAUUCUGAUGCGACAGCUGAACAACUACAAGAUACUAUAGAUUGGUGUUGCAGCGACUCAGGAGGUUUUCGCGAUUGUACACCGAUCCAACCAGGUGGAGUCUGCUACGAACCAAACACUCUCAGAGAUCAUGCGUCGUUUGUGAUGAACUUGUAUUACCAGAACGAAGGUUCCACCAAGGCGCAAUGCGAUUUCAGUGGUACUGGCACUGAAGUUCAUGACGACCCAAGCCAUGGCCCGUGUAUUUAUGUGCAUUAUUAACAACAUAUAUAUAUAUGUAUGUAUGCCGUGUCAUGCUUACUAUUUCGGGAGUUCAAGCUAAUAUUCUGAUGAUAUGAUAUUUUACUAGUUGAUGUCCCGCACCUUGUGCGGAUUAUUAUAUCUAUACAUCUAACAAUUUUUAAUUCUAAAAUUUAUUUUUAUAAA